ACGAUCACCAUGAAAAGCGUAUUCCUUUAUGUUGUCUACUGUUUGAUGGCCACCGGCUUUGCUAAGCCGCCGGUGUACCUCAGUUAUCAGGACAGCCUAGGCCAAUACAGUUUCGGCUACAGCGCUCCAGGAUCAGCCAGGUCGGAGGUCAGAACAUCCAACGGUGCAACCAGAGGCACUUACAGCUACGUCGACGGAACCGGUGUCAUCCAGACCGCACAAUAUUUCGCUGAUGGCGAAAAUGGAUUCCAAGUAAUCGCGACGAAUCUUCCGCAGGCGCCGCUUCCAGUCCAGGACACACCGGAAGUGAUGGCCGCGCGCACGGCGCAUCUUCAGGCCUUGGAAUUAGCGAUCAAGAGGGACGAAGAGGCUCAGCAUCAUGAAGAGAAUCGGGAGAAUGUGCUCGAGAAGAAAAUCGUGGGAGACCAAGGUAAUGCAGGUCUCCCUAAGAAACUGGAACUGGGAGCUGCGAUCACGAAAAUUGCAUUGAACGAAGGGGAGCAGAAAACGUUGGAGAACGUGAAGAAUAUCGAGCCGAAGGACAGCGACGAGACUCUGCAGGCGGUUGCUUCGAAAAGCGGCAUUGACAAAGCAAGCGAGAAGAGCACGCAAAAGGAAUUCGUUGGAAAAGUAUCGCAAGAAAUUAUCGAUGGCUCAAAUAUCCCAAAGAUUCCAUUAAUUUACUCGCACGUGCCGAUAUCUCAGGUAUCGGAACAACAGGCGAUGCCGGUAUUUCGGAUCUCCUAUGGAAACUAUGAGCUCGAGCCUUCCGUCAUAUCGAAGUCAUCGAUCACUCAAGGCGCUUCCGGUGUAAUCACGCCAUCGGCAACGGCCUUGAAGAGCGCAAUGAUGAUUUCGGCCAAGGGAGUAGAAAUGCCGAAGAAAAAACAACUGUCGCAACAUCCAACUAUAAGUAUGACCGAACAAAUUCGCACCAUCAAUCCUUUAUCGAUCGCACCGCUCAACGUGAUUCCGCUAAGUUCCACGCAGUCGAACAUUAUCAGAUACGUACCGUCGCCGUCUCUCCACUACGUCACUUACAACGUUCUGUAAACAUCUCAGAAAUAUACUGGAAAAUGAACGAUUCAUAGAAGGCUAAAAGAGUGUGCUUCUAUUAAUCGGAAUUCUGGUAGAAAAUGGACAAUCAGAAUUUUCUAGUUGAAUCUAUUAUAAU